AUGAAGGCAAAUGAUAACAAAGAUAUAGAGGGACUAUUGAACGACUCAAAUUUGUUCGACGAAAAAAAUCCUUCAAAAGAAAAUAAUGUCGAAAGCUUUAAAAAAAAGAUGAAGGCUAUGAUGAAACCACCUUCUAAAAAAAAGAGGAAAACCAAUGAAAGCUCAAAUUCACAGAAAGAAAAUGAUGAUGGCGAGGGAGGUCAGGAAAAUUUGAAUGAAAAUGAAAAUAUGAAUGAUAGUAACAAAAUCAGAAAAAAAAGGAAAAAGAGUAUCAAAUUGAAAAAGUUAAAUAACGAUGACGAUCAAAGUGAGCAAAGCAAUAAUGAUGAGAAUAAUGAAGAAAAUAAAGAGGACGAACAAAAUGAACAGAAUAAAAGUAGUGUUCAGUCUAAGGAUGACAUUUUUGGAGAUGACGAUGAAAAUAUUGAAGAAGAAGAUAAUGGAAAUCACAAGUUACAGAAAAAUGACAAGUCGAAAAAAAAAAAUAAAAAAUUAUUAAAAAAAAACACAUUAAUAUAUAGUGAAGCCGAAGAAGGAGAAGAAGAAAGUGACAAUGAUUCUGAUGAUUUUGACGAUUUCGAAAAUGAAGAUUUAAUUAAUGAUAAUAAUAUAACAAAAAAUAAAUCAAAUAAAAGAAUGCGUGAUGAGCUUGGUAUUGUCGAAUAUGAUGCAGAAAAUGGUGAUGAUACUAUAGAUAUGAAUAAAAUGGAAAAAAAACAAAAAACACAUUUUGAUGAAAUAUUAGAAAAUUUAAAAUCAAAACGAAAAAAAGUUCAAAAAAUAUCUGAAGAUGAUGGAUUACAAUAUUGUGAAAAUGUUUUAAAUCAAAUGAUAUUAAUGCAUGAACAAGAUAUACAAAAUGUUAAAGAAAAAAAACCUGCAACAGCUAAACUUCAAAUAAUUGAUGAAGUUUGUAAAAUAUUAACAAAACCUAAAUGGAAACCAUUUUUUAUGAAAUUAAAUAUAUAUCAUGUUUUAGCUUUAUGGCUAAUGCCAUUGCCAAAAAAUACUCUUCCAAAUUUUACUAUAAGAACAAAUUUAUUAAAAGUCAUACAACAAUUACCAAUAACUAUUAAAUCAUUAAGGGGUAGUCAAUUAGGAAAGAUAAUGACAUUUUUGCAUACCCAUAAAGAUGAAACAGAUGAAAAUAAAAAAAUUAUUAGAAAUAUUCUACAAAAUUGGAUGGGCCCAAUUAUAGGAAUAAAUGCGAAUUAUAAACAAUUCGCAAAAGAAAGACAAAAACGAAUACUUGAAAAUCCUGAAUAUCAUAAAAAACUACUUGAAAAAGCCAAAACACUAAUACCUGAUUCUAUAUCUAUAGAAAAAGAAGAAGAACAAAACGAAUUAAAAAGACAUGCGUCUAUACCGUAUAACAGUGAAUGUUCAUUUUUAAUUAAUGUACCUUCUUCUAUACCCGAUAUUAAUAAAAAAGUUUUACAAAAAAGCAGAAUUAAGAAACUGGCUGAUAAUAUGAGAUUACUAAAACGAGUAACAAAAUCACAAAAAGUUUCAAUUGAAGGAAAAGGAGUAGCAGCUGCACCCUAA